UCUAUGUAGUAUUUGUAGUAGAAGAGGUGAACGAUUGUCCAAUAGAGGAAGUCCGGCUAACAGUUCCAAUCACCGAUGACCCGACGAUGCCGGCACUGACAUUCCGAACAUGGGUAUUGGGUAUUUGCUCAUGCGUUAUGCUUUCUUUCAUAAACCAAUUCUUCUCGUUCCGUCAGAACCCAGUGAGCAUCGGAACCAUUUCAGUCCAACUAGCGAUCCUUCCAAUAGGAAAGUUAAUGGCUGCAACGCUGCCGGAGAAAACAAUAACGGUGCCGAUGACUGGAUGGUCAUUCUCAUUGAACCCAGGACCAUUUAACAUGAAAGAGCAUGUUCUUAUUACCAUUUUUGCUAGCGUUGGAAGUGGUGGCGUUUAUGCUCUCCAUAUUGUCACCAUUGUCAAAGUUUUCUAUAAGAAGGAAAUCCAACCCAUUCUUGCCAUCUUGCUAACCCUAACCACUCAGAUGCUUGGAUAUGGUUGGGCUGGUCUUUUCAGGAAGUUCCUUGUCGAUUCACCCUACAUGUGGUGGCCAGCCACCCUCGUCCAGGUGUCUAUGUUCAGGGCUCUACAUGAGACGGAAAAAAGGUUAAAGGGUGGUUUGACAAGGCUUCAAUUCUUCCUCAUAGCUCUUGGCUCAAGCUUUGCUUACUCUGUUAUCCCAACUUAUUUCUUCCCAUCAUUAACUGCACUCUCUUUCAUUUGUUGGAUAUGGCCCAAGUCAGUCACAGCCCACCAAAUCGGUGGAGGGGUACAAGGUCUGGGCCUCCUAUCAUUUGGACUCGACUGGAAUGUGGUUUCAUCCUUUUUGACAAGCCCAUUAGCCUUCCCAGCCUUCUCCAUAAUCUGUGCUCUUGCGGGUGCCUUCCUCUCACUUUAUGUUUUAGUCCCCAUCACUUACUGGUCCAAUGCCUUUGAGUCCAAGCGGUUUCCAAUCUUCUCAAGCCGCACAUUUGAUCAUUCUGGAAAUCGCUACAAUGUCACUCGGAUCUUGGACCAGAAGACUUUCACUUUCGAUCAACAAGCCUAUGAUAGCUACAUAAUUUUGAAGUUAAUUUCAUUUCACAGAUCAAUUUGGCAACAAAUGAAGUCAAGCAUACAAAAUAAGUCUGGAGAUGUCUACAACAGGAUAAUGAAGAAUUAUGAUUCAGUCCCACAAUGGUGGUUUUAUACAAUCUUUGUGGUAGUGCUUGCACUUGCUAUUUUUGCUUGUGAAGGUUUUGGUGGAAAACUACAACUUCCUUUCUGGGGUGUUCUAUUAGCCAUCUCUUUGGGUGUAGUUUUUACAUUACCCAUUGGUAUAAUAACAGCAACAACAAACCAACAACCUGGGUUGAAUGUGAUCACAGAGCUAAUUAUUGGUUAUCUUUAUCCGGGGAGACCCAUUGCCAAUGUUGCUUUCAAGACAUAUGGUUACAUAAGUAUGGUGCAAUCAAUUUUUUUCCUUUCAGAUUUAAAGCUGGGACACUACAUGAAGAUCCCUCCUAAGUCCAUGUUCUUAGUUCAGAUGGUAGGGACAUUGAUCAACAACAUGGUCACAUUUGGGACAGCUUGGUGGCUUCUUACUACUGUGGAGAACAUUUGUGAUGUUACCCAAUUGCCAAAAGGAAGUCCAUGGACAUGCCCAGGUGAUAAUGUCUUCUACAGUGCUUCAAUUAUAUGGGGUGUGGUUGGUCCACUUCGCAUGUUUGGAAAGCUUGGUGUCUAUGCAAAGUUGAAUUGGUUUUUCCUGGUUGGUUUGAUUUCACCAGUGCCAAUCUGGUGGUUAAGUCGUAAGUUUCCACAACACAAAUGGAUUAAACUCAUCCACAUGCCCCUCAUCUUCUACAAUGCUUCUGCCUUUCCAGAGGUUAAGGCUGUUAACUAUUGGACUUGGGGUGUAGUUGGCAUCUUCUUCAAUGUUUAUGUGUAUAGAAGGUACAAAGGAUGGUGGGCUAGGCACAAUUAUGUUCUCUCAGCAGCUUUAGAUGCAGGGGUUGCUUUCUUGGCUCUCCUUGUCUAUUUCUCUCUCCAAAUGAAUGAUAUCUUUGGUCCAGAUUGGUGGGGUGCAGAUGAAGGAGAUCAUUGCAUUUUAGCAAAUUGCCCUACUGAUCCAAGUAUUUUGGUUGAUGGCUGCCCAGUUGUGUCAUAAGAUUAUUACUUUCUUUCUUUUAAUUGUGUUUGUGUAUAAAAUAUUAUCUAUU